AUGGGAGGAGACGUACGUGAGAUGUUCCACCAGGUGCUGAUGAAUGAGGCAGACCAACAAUGUCAUCGAUUCCUGUGGAGCAGCGGUAAGGAUCAAAACAACCCCGACGUAUACGUCUUGAUGGUUAUGUCCUUCGGGGCGACGUGCUCACCCAGCCUAGCCCAAUUCGUUAAAAACGAAAACGCGGAGCGCUUCCGGCGUCAGUUUCCGACUGCGGUGGAUGCAAUCGUAAAAUCGCAUUACGUUGACGACAUGUACACGAGCGUCCAGAACGUGGAGGAAGCAAUCGAGCUAGCGAAGGAAGUUAGAGAGAUCCACUCUCGCGCUGGGUUUGAAAUGACUAACUGGGUUUCUAAUUCGCGUGACGUUCUCACGGCUCUUGGUGCAGUAGAAGUUGCUGAAAAGAACUUAGACACGGUGGUAGACGUCGCCAACGAGAAGGUUCUUGGCAUGUGGUGGUCGACGAACUCGGAUGUCUUCUCAUACAAGCUGUUCCUGGAACGUAACAUGGACAUUCUCUCUGGAACGAGACGCCCAACUAAGCGGGAGCUACUGCGAACGAUGAUGAGCGUCUACGACCCACUUGGGCUCAUCGCAAACUAUUUGAUGUUUUUGAAGAUGCUCUUGCAAGAAGUUUGGCGGUCUGGAGUAAGCUGGGACGAGUGCAUUGCGGAACGUGAAUGGGAGAAGUGGAAGAUCUGGUUGCAGUUUCUACCGAAGCUUGAAAAUUUGCGGAUUCCUCGCUGCUACCGCCAGAAGACGUCGGUACAUUCCUCCGUUCAACUCCACAUAUUCGUGGACGCAAGCGAGAACGGUUACGCUGCUGUGUGUUAUUUCCGGUUUGAAGAGGAUGAUCAAAUCGAAUGCUCAUUGAUCGGAGCCAAAAGUCGUGUCGCACCGCUCAAGUUUGUAUCCAUACCCCGCUUAGAACUGCAGGCAGGGGUCAUCGGCGCCCGAUUGGCAAAAGCCGUAGAACAAGGCCACUCGUACAACAUCACCAAGCGAUUCUUCUGGACAGACGCUCGUGACGUCUUAUGCUGGCUGAAUUCCGACCAUCGACGAUAUAGCCAGUUCGUCGCUUUCCGUGUAAGUGAGCUGUUGGAGACCACGGAUGUUGCUGAAUGGCGAUGGGUGCCUACGAAAUUGAACGUUGCCGACGAAGCCACGAAGUGGAAGCGUGCACCAAGCCUUGAUUAUGAUAGUCGGUGGUUCAACGGCCCUGAAUUUUUGCUGCAACCGGAAGAAAACUGGCCGAAGCUCCCAGCUUUAGAAUCCACCAAAGAGGAGCUCCGUCAAAACCGUCAAAACCGUCAAAACUUGCUACACCACCGUGACGUUGAUGAUUGGGUUCUUACUCCAACAGACUUUUCAUGUUGGAAACGUUUGCUUCAUGCUGUGGCGUUCGUAAUGCGGUUUCCCAGGAAUCUCCGGAAAAAGAUAGCUGCCGAACAACCUGAUACUGGUCCAUUGAGUGCUGAUGAAUUGAACGACGCUGCCAGUUAUAUCUAUCGCCGAGCUCAAGAGGACAUCUACAGUGAGGAACGGAAGCUGCUUGCGAAACCUGGACCGGCUCUUGGUACGCGGAUUCUACCUAAAGGUAACUCUCUGUAUAAAGUGGAACCAUAUCUCGAUAGUGCUGGGGUGAUGCGUAUGCGUGGUCGCAUUAGCGCUUGCGAUUUAAUUGAUGAGUCUACGAAGCAUCCUGUCAUCCUUCCUCGAGAGCACUACAUCACAUCACUGGUCGUUCAAAAAGUUCAUGAGGAAUUCCAUCACCAAUGCCACCAGACCGUGCUGAACGAAAUACGGCGAAGAUAUUACAUUCCUCGUUUGCGGGUAGUUCUCAACAAAACUCGUCGAAAUUGCCAGAAAUGUAAAAGCAUGACUGCUAAACCACAGCCUCCUUCAAUGGCCGAUUUACCGAAAACUCGACUCGCGGCAUUUGUUAGGCCUUUCUCUUACGUGGGCAUUGAAUAUUUCGGCCCGAUGCAGGUAGUAAUCGGUCGCCGUGUUGAGAAGCGCUGGGGCGUGCUAGCUACGUGUCUGACCACUCGAGCUGUGCAUAUCGAGCUGGCUCAUUCGUUGACGACAGACUCCUGUAUAAUGUGCCUGCAAAACAUCAUAGCGCGACGGGGAUCUCCAAUCGAGAUUGUUAGUGAUCGAGGAACCAACCUGGUCGGUGCGAGUAAAGAGCUGAAGGAAGCUUUAGCACAGGUAGAUCAAGAGCGGCUGAUGAAAGAGUUUACGACCGAGAACCUCAAAUGGUCGUUUAACCCACCUGCUUCUCCUCAUAUGGGAGGAAGCUGGGAGAGACUGAUACAAUCAGUAAAGAAGAUUUUGACCAGCAUACUUCCAACUCAACGGCUGCCAACAGACGAAGUACUCAGGAACUCUCUUGUGAUGAUUGAGAACAUCAUCAACUCGCGCCCUCUGACCUAUGUACCAGUUGACAGCGAGGCUGCCCCGGCUCUUACCCCGAAUAGCUUUCUGCUGGGCUCUACCGAUGGUUCGAAACCCCUAGUACUCCACGAUGAUAGCGGCUUAGCUCUCCGAAGUGCUUGGAAAUCAUCACAAGUCCUAGCCAAUAUGUUUUGGAAGAAGUGGUUGGCGGAGUACCUCCCUGAAAUUACUAGAAGAACUAAAUGGCUUUCGGCCGAUCGACAGAUCCAGAUAGGAGACAUCGUGAUUAUCGUGGACCCAAGUUUCCCGAGAAAUUGCUGGCCCAAAGGCAGGGUAGUCAACACGAAGGUAUCCAAGGAUGGUCAAGUACGAUCGGCGACGGUACGGACGGCUUCAGGUAUGUACGAGCGCCCGGCAGUUCGCCUGGCAGUGCUGGACGUCGGUGCAGACAAGAGUGAUCGGGACCAGGGUCCAACCACUGGGGGGGACUGUUGCGACACCCCUCGUGUAGCAACGCACCUUCUCACCAGCUAA